AGUAAGGCUCUGUCCAAGCUAACGGGAUCCGAGUGGCCGCCGUGCUCCGGCCUUGGAAGUGGUUGAGCCAUGGUGGAAAUCAAGAAGAUCUGCUGCAUCGGUGCGGGCUAUGUCGGUGGCCCCACGUGCAGUGUCAUUGCCCAUAUGUGCCCUGAGAUCAGGGUAAUGGUUGUCGACGUCAACGAAUAGAGAAUCAACGCAUGGAAUUCCCCGACCCUUCCUAUUUAUGAGCCUGGAUUAAAAGAAGUAGUAGAAUCCUGUAGAGGGAAAAAUCUAUUUUUUUCUACUAAUAUUGAUGAUGCCAUUAGAGAAGCUGAUCUAGUAUUUAUUUCUGUGAACACACCAACCAAAACCUAUGGAAUGGAGAAAGGCCGGGCGGCAGAUCUGAAGUAUAUCGAAGCUUGUGCUCGACGCAUCGUGCAGAACUCAAAUGGGUACAAAAUCGUGACGGAGAAAAGCACAGUCCCCGUGCGGGCAGCGGAAAGCAUCCGCCGUAUAUUUGAUGCCAACACAAAGCCUAACUUGAAUUUACAGGUGCUGUCCAAUCCUGAGUUCUUGGCAGAGGGCACAGCCAUCAAGGACCUAAAGAACCCAGACAGAGUCCUGAUUGGAGGGGAUGAGACCCCAGAGGGCCAGAAAGCUGUCGGGGCACUCUGUGCCGUGUAUGAGCACAGGGUGCCCAAGGAAAAGAUCCUCACCACCAACACUUGGUCUUCAGAGCUUUCCAAACUGGCAGCAAAUGCUUUCCUUGCACAGAGGAUCAGCAGCAUUAACUCCAUCAGUGCUCUGUGUGAAGCGACGGGGGCUGAUGUGGAAGAGGUGGCCACAGCUAUUGGAAUGGACCAAAGGAUUGGAAAUAAGUUCCUAAAAGCCAGCGUCGGUUUUGGUGGGAGCUGCUUCCAAAAAGAUGUUCUGAAUUUGGUUAAUCUCUGUGAGGCUCUGAAUCUGCCUGAAGUAGCUCGCUAUUUGCAGCAGGUCAUAGACAUGAAUGACUACCAGAGGAGGUUUGCCUCGAGGAUCACAGACAGCUUGUUUAAUACAGUAACUGAUAAGAAGAUAGCCAUCUUGGGGUUUGCAUUCAAAAAGGACACUGGCGAUACCAGAAAGUCCUCCAGUAUCUACAUUAGCAAGUAUCUGAUGGACAAAGGUGCACACCUCCAUAUAUACGACCCCAAAGUUCCCAGGGAACAAAUCGUCGUGGAUCUGUCUCAUCCAGGCGUGUCAGCGGAUGACCAAGUGUCCAGACUGGUGACCAUUUCCAAGGAUCUAUAUGAAGCGUGUAACGGUGCCCACGCCCUUGUUAUCUGCAUCGAAUGGGACAUGUUUAAGGAACUGGAUUAUGAACGGAUUCACAAAAAAAUGCUGAAACCAGCUUUUAUCUUUGAUGGGCGACGUGUUCUGGAUGGGUUCCACAAUGAGCUACAGACCAUUGGCUUCCAGAUUGAAACAAUUGGCAAAAAGGUGUCUUCCAAGAGAAUCCCAUACACUCCUGGUGAGAUUCCGAAGUUUAGUCUUCAGGACCCACCUAACAAGAAACCCAAAAUCUAGAUACUGCCAUUUUCUGUGAUUAUUUUGGUACUUCAGGAUAGCUGGUGUCUGUCUGAUAUUAAAUGGGAAAUGAACUACAUGUUUUUAAGGAAACAAAAAUAUUUUUUAAUCAUCAAAUUUAUACUAGCUAUAUGGGUGUUAGCAUAUCUAGGAAUUAUGAGUCUAGAAUAAUUUUUACAUAUUUUUAUAUUAUUG